AUGGCCCCCGUUGCUGUCCCUCUUGCCACGGAGCCCAAGGCCCCCGCCAACGACGUGGUCAAGCCUCUCCUCACGUCUGGCCAGCACGAGCCCCUCUUCGACAUUCUCACCCCUUACGAGCAGUUUCCCAAGGAGGUCACUGGCCCCACGGUGUGGACCAAGGAAGAGUUUGAGUCCAACCCCAAGGCCUGGAAGUGGCGCUGGACCCCCGAGCAGAUUGCCGACCUCGAGGCUGCGUACGACGAGUGGGAGAAGACUGGCAAGUCGCUGCCCGAGAUCAACCGUGACUCGUUCCCCCUUGCCAACGCUACCCGCACCUUCCUUGCUGGCAUCCGCGAGCACAUUGUCAACGGUGCGGGCUUUGCUCUCAUCCAGGGCCUCCCGACCGACAACUGGUCCGUUGUCAAGUCGUCGGCCAUCUACCUCGCUAUCGGCAGCGUCAUCGGCAUCCCCGUGAGCCAGAACGGCAAGGGCCACAUCCUCGGCCAUGUCAAGGACCUCGGCAACGACCCCACCCAGAUCCACAAGGUGCGCAUCUACACCACCACGGCCCGCCAGUACUUCCACACCGACUCGGGCGACAUUGUCGGCCUUCUCUGUCUCCACCGCGCCAAGGAGGGAGGCGAGAGCGACGUCGUCAGCGCUCACAACCUCUGGAACACGCUCCAGAAGGAGCGCCCUGAUGUUGCUGAGCUUCUUGCCAAGCCCGACUGGUACUUUGACCGCAAGGGCGAGGUGUCCGACGGCCAGAAGGAGUGGGUUCAGCAGGCGGUCUUCUACUGGCACGACGGUCAUCUGGUUAGCCACUACGACCCUUACUAUGUCCGCUCCAUCACUCGCUUCAUUGAGGCUGGCCAGAUCCCCGGUCACUCCCCCGCCCAGCUCGAAGCCAUCGAGGUUCUCGAGGCUACUGCCCAGCGCCUGGCCCUGCACAUGAUCCUCGAGGUUGGCGACCUGCAGUUUGUUGCCGACACCCACGUGCUCCAUGCUCGCACCGCCUAUGUCGACCACCUCCCUCCUGCUCCCCGUCGCCACCUUCUCCGUCUCUGGCUCGCUACCCCCGAGUCUGAGGGUGGGUGGAAGCGCCCCUUCCCCGACUCGGCGCACAUUCGUCGUGGCGGUAUUCAGGUCAACAGCCAGCCGCACACUUGCCCUCUCGACGCCGAGUAG